AUGGACCAGAACCUGUUUGGAGGGGCCCCCAGGUUUCUCACGCGGCCCAAGGCUUUCGCAGUGUGCGUGGGAAAGGAUGCCACCUUGAGCUGCACCAUCGUGGGCAACCCCACCCCACUGAUUACCUGGGAAAAGGAGAAGCUACGUCUGACCUCUGGGGGCCGCUUCAAGAUGGUGGGUGAUGGUGACGUCUACCGCCUCACCAUCUACGAUCUAACCCUGGAGGACAGCGGCCAGUACAUGUGCCGGGCCAAAAACAAUGUUGGGGAAGCAUAUGCAUGCGUAACCCUUCACGUAGGCCUUCCACAGGAGAUGGUGGAGAGGGCCCCCGUCUUCAUGGUCAAGCCUACCUCCGCACGCGUAGGCCUGGGGGGCGAUGUGGUCUUCCACUGCCGGGUUGCGGCUUACCCAGAGCCCAAAUUUGACUGGGAGAAGGACGGGCGUUACCUGGCCGAGACGAACCGCAUCAAGGUGACAUCGGACAGUGACAGCAGCUCUCUGAGGAUCCAGAGUGUGCGCAGUCUGGACAGCGGCACAUACACUUGCCGGGCCCAGAAUUCGGUAGGCCGCUCUAACUCAGCAGCCACCUUGGUUGUAGACACCCAGGACUCCCAUCACCUGGGCAAGGACAAGAGCACCUCCCUCCUCUCCCACCUGCAGAAGCGUAAAGAAGGGAUCUCUAUCUACUGCACCGCCGAGACCAGCAGCUCCACUUACAACUCCACCACCACCUCCUCGACCGCCACCACUAUGGUCACAGACGGGCUGAGCCUUCUGGGUCUAGACCACAGCAGCGCAGCACUGGUCAGUCAUCUGCCCAAAGGCGUCUUCACCCGCACCUGCACAGUGACUGAAGGCAAGCACGCCAAACUCAGCUGCUUCGUGACAGGCCACCCCAAGCCUCACAUCAUCUGGAGGAAGGAUGGGGGGAACAUUGGCGAGGGACGCAGACAGAUCAUGUAUGAGGACCAGGCCGAGAACUUCAUCCUCAAGAUCCUGUACUGCAAACAGAGGGACAAUGGUCUGUACACCUGUAAUGCCUCCAAUAUGGCUGGACACACCUACAGCGCCGUGCUGGUGAUAGUUAAAGAGCCCAAGGUGCCGUUCAGGAGGAAGCUGCAGGAUGUGGAGGUCCAGGAGAAGAUGACGGCCACGCUGCUGUGUGAGGUGCCCAUCUCCACAACCCAGGCCAGCUGGUUCAUGGAGGAGACGCGACUAGAGGACUGCUCGAAGUACCGAAUGGAGGAGGAGGGCACCAUGCGGCGCCUCACCAUCCACAACGUCACCACCAAUGAUGAUGCCGUCUACAUCUGCGAGAUGAAGGAGGGGAGCCGCACCGUGGCCGAGCUCACUGUGCUGGGCAACAUCACUAAGAAGCUGCCCAGGAGGACUGUAGUGCCAGUGAGUGAUACAGUGAUCUUCUGCGUUGAGCUGGAGCACCCCUGUUCUGACGCCUACUGGACACGCAAUGCCGAGCGUCUGAAGCCGGACACACGCAUAAUAAUUGCGUGCACCCUCAGGCAGUACACUUUAACCAUCAGCCACUGCCAAGCUGACGACUCAGGAGAGGUGGCCUUCAUGGCUGGAGACUGCAAGACCUCCACAAGAUUCUCUGUCACAGCUGCCAGAAAGCAUCCUCCUGAUCCCCCCAUCGAUGUGGUGGUGCGCAACAAGACAGACUCAUCCAUCACCCUCCACUGGUCCCCCCCAGACAGUGACCGCCCUGUGCCCAUCAAGGGGUAUAUGGUAGAGAGGAGGAAGGUGGGUGCCCAGACCUGGCAGAGGUGCAAUGGCAUGGAGAUCAGCCCCUUUACUGAGAUCACAAUCCAAAACUUCACAGAGGAGGCCAGCUACCAGUUCCGCAUUUCUGCAGUCAACAACUAUGGCCAGAGCCAAUACCUGGAGGUGCCCGGGACCUUCUACCUUGAGCCCAGUGCAGAGGUGAAAACAGGCCUGAUGAACAGCACAGCCAUCUCAGGUGAGGAGGCCUCACUCUCCGUGGAUCUGUCUGCUGUGUGCUCUGGCUUCUGGUCUAUCAACGGACGCCUCCUGCGUAGUGGUGGUGACUACCUCAUCACCCGCCAAAAGACCAUGCACACGCUGAUGAUCCGGACGGUCUUGAUGGAGAUGAACGGAGCCGUGGUCAAAUUUGUAGGCGGUGGCUCUGAGAGCACUUGUAUACUCAAAGUGAAGGCUCCACCUAUCCGGUUUACCAGUAAGUCUGCUCACACUGAGGUGGUGACCUGCAGCGCCCAGUCCUCCGCACAGCUGACCACAGAGGUGUCUGAUUACCAUGCCCAGGUGGCCUGGAUGAAGAAUGGACGGGAGCUGAAGAUGGGCAAGAAGUAUGAGUGCAUAACCACUGACCACAAGAGGAUCCUGAUGGUGCACAAUGUCACUGAAGAGGACACGGGAAUCUAUGAGUGUGUCCUAAACGAAGACAGAAUGUCCCUGAAGCUUUCUCUAAAAGAUGAAGCAAAAUUCCUGAACAAGCCCAGGGGUCCCAUGGGGGUGGCACCUGCCCUCAGUGGGCACCUUGAGUUGAACUGUGAGGUAUCGUCUGCCAGCGGGGUGGUGGUGUGGAGGAAGGAUCAGACAGUGGUCAUUGAGGACCAAAGAACUACCAUUAUCUCCAAAGGGACACAGAGGAGACUGGUCAUCAAGAACGCCAAGAAGAGUGACGAGGGACACUACUCCUGCGAGACAGCGGAAGACAAAGUCACAUUCCAGGUCAAGAUAAAAGAAGUUCAACAGGCUGCCUUCACCAACAAGGACUCUGUACAGAAGGAAGUUAGAGCUACUCUCUCCCAGAAAGCCACUCUGAGCUGUGAGGUUGCAGAUACCAAGACAGAGGUGAAAUGGUACAAGGAUGGCAAACAGAUCAUUGCAAGUAAAACAGUCUCCAUGGAGACAAAGGGCAAGAGUCGUCUGUUGGUAGUAGACAAAAUGGAGAAAAAGGAUGCUGGAGAGUACACCUGUGAAGCUAGAGCAGAGAAGCUGGUCUUUAAAAUACAUGUGUCAGAAGCCCAACAGGCUGCCUUCACCAACAAGGACUCUGUACAGAAGGAGGUGAAAGCUACUCUCUCCCAGAAAGCCACUCUGAGCUGUGAUGUGUCAGAUUCCAAGACUGAGGUGAAAUGGUACAAGGAUGGCAAACUGCUGACUUCCAGUAAGACAGUCUCCAUGGAGACAAAGGGCAAGACUCGUCAGCUGGUGAUAGAGAAGGUGGAGAAGAAGGAUGCUGGACAGUAUACCUGUGAGGUUGAAGCAGAGAAACUGGUCUUUGAGAUACAGGUGACAGAGGCCCAGGCUGCCUUCUCCAAUAAGGACUCAGUACAGAGAGAGGUGAGAGCUGCUCUCUCCCAGAAAGCCACUCUGAGCUGUGAUGUGUCAGAUUCCAAGACUGAGGUGAAAUGGUACAAGGAUGGCAAACUGCUGACUUCCAGUAAGACAGUCUCCAUGGAGACAAAGGGCAAGACUCGUCAGCUGGUGAUAGAGAAGGUGGAGAAGAAGGAUGCUGGACAGUACACCUGUGAGGUUGGAGCAGAGAAAAUGGUCUUUAAGAUACAGGUGACAGAAGCACAUCAGGCUGCCUUCACCAAUAAGGACUCUAUACAGAAAGAGGUGAAAGCUACUCUCUCCCAGAAAGCCACUCUGAGCUGUGAGGUAUCAGAUACCAAGACAGAGGUGAAAUGGUACAAAAAUGGCAAACUGCUUACUUCCAGUAAGACAGUCUUCAUGGAGACAAAGGGCAAGACUCGUCAGCUGGUGAUAGAGAAGGUGGAGAAGAAGGAUGCUGGACAGUACACCUGUGAGGUUGGAGCAGAGAAACUGGUCUUUAAGAUACAGGUGACAGAAACUCAAGCAGCUUUCACCAACAAGGACUCUGUACAGAAGGAGGUGAAAGCUACUCUCUCCCAGAAAGCCACUCUGAGCUGUGAUGUAUCAGAUUCCAAGACUGAGGUGAAAUGGUACAAGGAUGGCAAACUGCUGACUUCCAGUAAGACAGUCUCCAUGGAGACAAAGGGCAAGACUCGUCAGCUGGUGAUAGAGAAGGUGGAGAAGAAGGAUGCUGGACAGUACACCUGUGAGGUUGGAGCAGAGAAACUGGUCUUUAAGCUACAGGUGACAGAGGCCCAGGCUGCUUUCUACAAUAAGGACUCUGUACAGAAGGAGGUGAAAGCUACUCUCUCCCAGAAAGCCACUCUGAGCUGUGAGGUGUCUGACACCAAGACUGAGGUGAAAUGGUACAAGGAUGGCAAACUGCUGACUUCCAGUAAGACAGUCUCCAUGGAGACAAAGGGCAAGACUCGUCAGCUGGUGAUAGAGAAGGUGGAGAAGAAGGAUGCUGGAGAGUACACCUGUGAGGUUGGAGCAGAGAAACUGGUCUUUAAGAUACAGGUGACAGAGAUUCAAGCAGCUUUCACCAACAAGGACUCUGUAAAGAAGGAGGUGAAAGCUACUCUCUCCCAGAAAGCCACUCUGAGCUGUGAUGUGUCAGAUUCCAAGACUGAGGUGAAAUGGUACAAGGAUGGCAAACUGCUGACUUCCAGUAAGACAGUCUCCAUGGAGACAAAGGGCAAGACUCGUCAGCUGGUGAUAGAGAAGGUGGAGAAGAAGGAUGCUGGACAGUACACCUGUGAGGUUGGAGCAGAGAAACUGGCCUUUAAGAUACAGGUGACAGAAUCCUCUGCCAAGUUUAAGAAGACUGCCGUGAAGGAUAUAUGCAGUGUUCAAGCAAGUGAGAAGAUUGUUUUGACCACUGAGCUGACUUCGGAGAGUGCCAGUGUUAAGUGGUUCAGGGAUGGUGUAGAGUUGAAGGAAGGCACUAAAUAUGAGAUGAAGAGAGAGGGACAUUCUCGUACCCUGAUUGUGAAGUCCACCGAGGUCAAAGACAGUGGCACCUACUCUUGCCACACUGAUGAUGACAAGCUUGAGUUCAAAGUUCAAGUCAAACAUACACCGCUGAAGUUUGUGGUGCAGUUGCAGCCUGUAGCCACAGAGCUGGGUGUUACGCUGACCCUGACCUGUGAACUGAACCAAGCCUCAGGGGACGUACUCUGGCGUCACAACAGUCGUGAGGUCAAACCCGGUGGCAGGUUCUGUGUCAGCGCUGACAGAGCCAAGCGGGUCCUUACCAUAACAGGAAUGACCAAGGAGGAUGAGGGAGAGUACAUCUGUGAAUGCAAAGAUGAUAAGACCUCUGCCAAGGUCUCCACCAAUGCCCCCAGACUGGUGAAUCUGACUUCCAAGCUGAGCAGUAUCGUUGCAGUGGAAGGUAAAGAUGUCAUCUUCAAGUGUAGUGUCACCCCAGCAGACGUCAAAGUAAAAUGGUUCCGCAACAACGUGCCAAUCACUGCUGGGCCCAAGUAUAAGAUUGAGCACAGGGCCACCAGCCACUCCCUCACCAUCACGUCAGUCAGCCAGGAGGAUGCUGGGAAGAUCAGCAUGGCAGCUGAGGGCACAACCUGCAGCGCUACCCUCCAAGUGCAACUGGAGCCGGUGAUGUUCAAGAAAAAGCUGCAGAACGUGACGACGGUAGAGGAUCAGAAGGAAGUGAAGCUGGAGGUGGAGCUCAGUAGACCCUCUAAAGAGGUCAGGUGGAUGAAGAACAGCGUGGUGCUGCAGCCCGGAGGCAACAUGGACAUCAGGGUGGACGGGGCCAAGCAGACCCUGGUCUUCAAGAGUGUGACUACCGCUGACCGCGGCUACUACUCCUGUGAAACUCUGGAUGACAAGACCCAGGCCAAACUCACGGUGGAUGUGCAGAAGAUUGAGGUGGUGAAGGGCCUGCUGGCCGAGGUCAAGGCCAAUGAGAAGGAGACAGUGACCCUGGAGGUGGAGCUCAGUCAAGCUGACGUGGAGGGUUCCUGGACCAGGAGCGGAGCCAAGCUCAAGGCAGGGUCCAACUGUCGCAUCACGGCCCUUGGAAAGAAGCAUGCCCUUACACUGUCCCAACUCAAGAUGGAGGAUGCAGGAACGAUUGUCUUCCAAGCGGAAGGGGUCAAGUCUUCUGGCAAGCUCAUUGUUGCAGAACCUGCUGCCAUGAUCUCUAGGCCCAUGGAGGAUGUCAAAGCUCCAGAGAAGGAGAAGGCAACACUUGAGUGUGAGGUGUCCAGAACCAAUUCUGAGGUCAAGUGGUUCAAGGGUGAUACGGAACUAAAACCAGGAAAGAACUUUGGCAUCCACUCCCAGGGUCGCACACGUAGCCUCCUCAUCCAUAAAUGUUCCAAAGAGGAUGAGGGCACAUACGUUUGUCGAACGUCUGACGACAAUACAUCAGCCAAACUCACUGUACAUGCCCGAGACAUUAAGAUAGUGAAGAAGCUGGAGGAUGUGGAGGUGAUGGAGAAGGAGAGUGCGUCAUUCAUGUGUGAGAUCUCUCACGAUGAAGUGGCCUGCCAGUGGUUCAAAGGUGACACCAAACUCAAAGUCGGUGACAACAUCAAGAUGAGACAAGAGGGUAAAAUGUAUGUGCUGCUGAUUAAAUCGGUGACACCAGAAGACGUGGCGGAGAUUAAAUUCACAGCUGAAAAGGCCUCUUCAACGGCCAAACUGACAGUGAAAGAGCUCCCUGUCCAGUUUGUGAAGAAGCUCAGGGAUAAGUUAGCCAUGCAAACACACCGUGGGUUCCUGGAAUGUCAAAUGUCUCGGGCAAGCGCCAAGGUCAAGUGGUACAAGAAUAAGAAGGAGACCAAGCGCAGCAAGAAGCACGAGAUUAGCAGCAAGAGUAUAUACCGCAAACUCACUGACAUGGGCUCGGAUGACGAGGAUAAUUACACCUGCAAUGCCAUCGUCGACAAGACAUCCUGUAAACUUGUUGUGGAAGAUAACGGGAUGAAAAUCAAGCAGGCCAUCAGCAUCGUAAGGGAGCUUAGUGCAGUGGAAGUGACCGAGCCCUUUGCUGCCUUCUUCGAGGUCGAGAUAAACAUCAACUCAGUCAAGCACCCCAAGUGGAUCCAGAAUGGUGUGGCCAUGCAGGACAUUGCUGACUUGGAGAUGGAGAAGGAGGGCUCCAUGCACCGUCUCACCUUCAAGAAGACCAAGGCCUCCAUGACAGGACCUGUCCUGUUCAGUGCUGGCAUGAGCAAGUCUGUGGCCCAGGUCACUGUCAAAGAGUGCCCUCUUGAGGUUGUAGAGCCCAUUAAGGAUGUGACAACCGAAGAGAAGGGCUCAGCCACGCUGAGCUCCAAGUUCUCCACCGCACCCAAAGAGGUGAGCUGGUUCAAAGGCCAAACCCUCCUGGCGACAUCAGACAAGUACAGCCUGAAACAGGACGCUGUGCGGGCUAAGAGGACCAUACAGAAGCUGACUGAGGAAGAUACUGGGGAGUACCGCUGUCAGUCGACUGCUGCCGAGACCAAAGCCACUCUCACUGUAGAGUUUCGGAAAGUGGAGAUCACCAAGCACCUGGUGAACACUGAGGUGGAUGACAACAGUGAUGCAGUGUUCACCUGUGAGAUCAACUACGCUGAUGAGGAGGUGCAUUGGCUGCUCAAUGACAAAGUACUCUUCUCAAACAAAGUCAACACCAUCACUCAGGUGGGCAAAAUGCACACACUCACACUCAAGAACCUUGCACCUGAGGAAAGGGGCACCAUCACCUUCAAGGUCAGGGAGGUCAAGGAGGCUGUGACCCUAAAGGUCAAAGAAAAGCGUGCAGUGUUCCUCAAGUCUCUGGAUGACGUGGUAGGAGAAGUGAAAGGUAUGAUCACCCUGACGUGUGAGGCAUGUGAGGCAUCCAAGCCCAGGGUCUCCCCCACCUGGAGGAAAGAUGGUACGGUCCUGACCGCUGGGCCUAAGUGUCAAAGCAGGGGUCUGAUCGUCAAAGCCGUUACCAAGGAAGAUGCAUGUGAUUACAGAUGUAGAGUAGUAGAGUCACCCCAGGACGUUGAGUGUUUUGAGGGGGACUCUGCCAUGUUUAGGUGCCUUGUAAGCCCACCUGACCUGACCCAUCAGGUGCGGUGGUGCCUAGACCAAACCCCUCUGCAGCCCAGCCCCCUCAAUGAGAUCCAGGUACCUCAUGGGGGUUUCCACUCCCUCACCAUGAGGGAGCUGACCCCUAUGGAUGCCCCAGGACUACCUGACAUGAUGACUCCUUGCUGUCCCCAGUCCACCUGGCCGUGCUGCUGCUCCAGUUUCAACUGUUCUGCCUUAUUAUUAUUCGACCAUGCUGCUUUGCCUGCCAGCUUUAAACAGAAGCUGAAGAACCUGCAGGCCACGGAAGGAGAGAAUGCUACUCUCUGCUGUGUGUUAGCCAAACCUGGAGCCAAGGUUCAGUGGAAGAAAGGCACUGAGAAUCUCAAAGCUGGAAACAAAUAUGAGAUUAAGCAAAAAGAUGCCUGCUGUGAGCUUCAGAUAAAACACCUGAAGGUUGAAGACAGUGGAGAGUACUCCUGUGAGUGUGGAGAUCGGAGGACCACAGCGACUAUAAACGUCAAUGCGUUACCUGUGACCUUCAAACACAAACUGGCGAGCCAGGAGGCUGAGGAAGGGGGCAGUGUUACCCUGCACUGUGAGCUGUCUAAACCUGGAGUCCAUGUAGAAUGGAGGAAGGGAACACAGGUGCUGAAGUCUGGUGAAAAGUACCAGAUGAAGCAGAAAGAAUCUGUGAGUGAACUCCUGAUCAGCAAAGUAGUACCUGAGGACAGUGGAGACUACAGCUGUGUGUGUGGAGAACAGAAGACUACAGCCAGUCUCAAGAUUAAGGCCCAACCUGUGACCUUCAAACACAAGCUGGAGAGCCAGGAGGCUGAGGAAGGGGGCAGUGUUACCCUGCACUGUGAGCUGUCUAAACCUGGAGUCCAUGUAGAAUGGAGGAAGGGAACACAGGUGCUGAAGUCUGGAGAAAAGUACCAGAUGAAGCAGAAAGAAUCUGUGAGUGAACUCCUGAUCAGCAAAGUAGUACCUGAGGACAGUGGAGACUACAGCUGUGUGUGUGGAGAACAGAAGACUACAGCCAGUCUCAAGAUUAAGGCCCAACCUGUGACCUUCAAAUAUAAACUGCAGAGGCAGGAGGCUGAGGAGGGGGGCAGUGUUACCCUGCACUGUGAGCUGUCUAAACCUGGAGUCCAUGUAGAAUGGAGGAAGGGAACACAGGUGCUGAAGUCUGGAGAAAAGUACCAGAUGAAGCAGAAAGAAUCUGUGAGUGAGCUCCUGAUCAGCAAAGUAGUACCUGAGGACAGUGGAGACUACAGCUGUGUGUGUGGAGAACAGAAGACUACAGCCAGUCUCAAGAUUAAGGCUCUGAAGUAUUCAACUCCUCCAGUAACUCCCAAACAGGAGGAGCCCCAGAAGGAGAAGGCCAAAAAGGAAGAAGCUCCUCCAGUCACUCACAAACAACAGGAGACCCAGAAGCAGCAGGAGACCAAAGAGGCCCAGAAAGAGACAGUAGAAAGGAAGACAGUAGUAGAAGCCCAUGUCUCGGAGCCAGCGACCCCUAUUGCUCCUGCCACCCCCAAAACGGAUCCCCAGAAGGAGACAUUAGAGAAGAAGACCAUAGUAGAAGCCUCUGCCUUUAAGCCUGCUGCUCCUGCCACCCCCAAACCGGAGCUCCAGAAGGAGGAGACCGUAGAAAAAAAGACUGUUGCAGAUGCUCAGGCCAAAAAGCCUGCUGCUCCUGCCUCUCUCAAACUGGAGCCACAGGAGGAGACAGUAGAAAAUAAGUCAGUAUUAAAAUCUCACUUUCAAUGUGCUCUUCCAGCCACAUUCAAACACGAUCUUGAGAGCCAGGAGGUUGAGGAGGGGGGCAGUGUUACCCUGCACUGUGAGCUCUCUAAACCUGGGCUCCCUGUAGAAUGGAAGAAGGGAACACAGGUUAUAAAGUCUGGAGAAAAGUACCAGAUGAAGCAGGAAGAUUGCAGUGUGAAACUGCAAAUCUGUGAUUUGAAACCUGAAGACACAGGAAACUACCACUGCAGCACUGGAGACCUAGAGAGCUCAGCAUACCUGAAAGUCAAUGCUCUCCCAGUCAUAUUCACCAAAGAUCUGCAGAGCCAGGAGGCUGAGGAGGGGGGCAGUGUUACCCUGCACUGUGAGCUCUCUAAACCUGGAGUCCCUGUAGAAUGGACGAAGGGGGAGGUGGGUCUCUGCCCCUGUGCCAAGUAUGAAAUCGCCCAGGAAGGACACAGCGCCAGACUAGUCAUCCACAGCUUAGACCCUGAAGACUCAGGCAGCUAUACUUGUGACAGUGGCGACCGGAAAACCACAGCAAACCUUUCGGUGAAGGCCCUGCCUGUUUACUUCAAAACCCGACUACAGAAUCUAGAGUGGGACGCAGGUGAGAUCGCCAUCCUCCGCUGUGAGAUCACAAAUCCUGGGGCCAACGUUGUUUGGACCCGGGGCGACAGGGUCUUGGAGUCUAACAACAAGUAUCAGCUGAAACAGGAAGGUGCCAUAGUGAAGCUUAUCAUCUAUAACCUACAAGGGGCUGACUCUGGGGAGUAUAUCUGUGACACGGGUUACCAGAAGACCUCAUCCAUGCUCACUGUACAGGAGCUGGAGGUGACCAUAGUGAAGGUCUUGAACAGCUGCUCGGUGCGCGAGGGGGAGGACGUUCACUUUGAGUGCCAUCUGUCCCACGAGGACGCCAAGGAGGUCCAGUGGAAACUUGCGGAUGUCCCUCUGCAGAACAAUGAAAUGAAUCUGAUCUGCCGCCAAGGCAAGGUGCACAGCCUCACCCUCAGGGGGGUCACCCAGGCCGACUCGGCCACAGUCGCUUUCACCGUGGGCCACCAUACCUCCACCGCCAGCCUGACCGUCGGAGGGGCCCCUGUGGUGUUCAAGAAGGAGCUGGAGAGCCAGGAAGCAGUUGAGGGGGGCAGUGUCUCCCUGACCUGUGAGAUUAGUGUUGAGGGCAAGGUGACAUGGAGAAGGGGCACCAUGCUCCUCACCCAGGGGGAGAAGUAUUCCAUGGAGCACACAGGUUCUACCUACAUCCUGAUGGUUCACAAGCUGAAGCUCGAAGAUGCUGGAGAGUACACCUGCGAUACUGGGGAUAAGCAGAGCACCGCCACCCUGAAAGUCAAAGAGUCUGUACGCAUCACUCGGGAGCUGCACGACAUCACAGUGACCACCGGGCAGGAUGCUGUCUUUGCGUGUGAGUUGUCCCAGGAGGGCGUAACCAAUGGAGAGUGGUGGCUAGGGGAUAACCUCCUCCAAAACAACGACCUGAACCAGAUGACCUUCCAGGGCCGGGUGCACCGGCUGACACUGCAGAUGGUCACCACUGAUGAGUCAGGGGACGUGGCGUUUGUGGUGGGCGAAGAGAAGACCGUUGCAUGCCUCCUGGUGGAAGAGAAGCCCAAAGUCUUAAUCCUAGAGAAGCCUCAUGACACAGUGGCCUUGGAGGGUGAGACAGUCACACUGUCCUGCACCGUCUCCGACCCCACGGCCACUAUCAACUGGAGCAGGAAUGAUGUUGACAUCAAAGCAGGCCUCAAGUACGACCUGCGGAAGAAUGGAGCUCUCAUGCAGCUCCGUAUCCACAACCUGGAGAUGGAGGACUCUGGAACUUACUGCUGCAAUACCGGGGAUGCACAGUGCACUGUCACAUUGACUGUGGAAGGUGCCCCAGCAUUCUUCCAGAAGGAGCUGAAGAACAAGGAAGCCAAGGAAGGCGAUGAUAUUACUCUGCGCUGUGAGCUCUCCAAGGCGUGCACUCAAGUGGAGUGGAGGAAGGGAGGCAUGGUCCUCCAGGCUGGUAAGAAGUAUGAGAUGAGGCAGGAGGGCUGCGUUCAGGAGCUCUGCAUUCGUAACCUGGAGCCAGAGGACAAUGGCUACUACACCUGCGAUGCUGGAGACCAGCUCACCACGGCGUCGGUGGCAGUACAAGAGGCAGAAGUCCUCAUAGUGUGUGGUCUAAAGAGCACCGAUGUCUUUUUGGGCGAGUGGGCCACCUUCUCCUGCCAGCUGUCCCGCGGUGUGAGGCCCGGGGAGGUGCAGUGGUGGCUGGACGGGACCCUUCUCCAGGACAGCCCCUCCAGCGAGAUAGGGCUGAGCCAGGGCCACGUCCACACCCUCACCCUAAAGGACCUGGCCCCGGAUGCCUCGGGCACCGUCACGUUCAAAGCCUGCAGCCUGGUGUCCUACGCCAAGCUCUUAGUUAAAGACCCCACAGUAGAGGUGGUGAGCGAGAUGCAGGACCUGCGGGUGGCUGAGGACCAGCCGGCUGAGUUCAUCUGCCAGUACUCCCGGCCGGUCCAGGCCCAGUGGAAGAGAGAUGGUCGGCCAUUGCAGCCUGACGGCCAGAGGGUGGUAGUGGAGCAGGACUGGACCGUUGCUCGCUUGUACAUUAGACACGUGUCCACUGAGGACAGGGGGAGAUACUCCUGUGAGGCAGAGGGGACCUGUGUGGUUGCCUUACUGGAGGUGGAAGCCAAACCCAUUGAAAUCCUACAAGGCUUGGAGAACAUGGACACCAUUGACGGCGGGGAGGCCCUAUUCGAGUGCUCGAUCUCUCGUUGCGAGAUCAAAGACUGCCACUGGCUGAUUGGGGGCAAGCCGGUGAAGGAGUCGCCCACCACGGAGAUCGUGUCCUUCGAAAAUGGACGCCGCCACCUCUUGCUGCUCAAGGAUCUGCACGUUGGAGACAGCUGCAAAGUUACUUUCCAAGCCGGCACCGCAACAACCUCCGCCAUGCUCAACGUCAAGGGCUGGCAGCUGGAUGUGGUGAGUGGUCUGGAGGAUAAGGUAGCUGUGGUGGGAGAGACUCUAGAGUUCAGCUGCAUGCUGACUGAGCCUGUGCCUGAGGCGGAGGUAGCCUGGUACUCUAACGGAGCCGAGCUAAAGGCUGAUGACACCUGGGGCAUGAGGGCUGACGGCUGCUCCUACCACCUGGUGCUUAGACAGGCACCAGCCAUGCCACCACAGGAGAUCACCUUCGCUGCCAGGGACGCCAUCUCCAUGGCCAAGCUCACCAUCAUCACUGUUCCUGACCCCCCGGAGGACCCAGAGCUGGUCAGUAAGAGUAAGCAGGCGGUGACCCUGUCUUGGUUCACACCCCUCAGCGACGGAGGCAGCCCUAUUUUGGGCUACAGGGUGGAGAUGAGGCUGGCGGACAGUGUCCUCUGGCUGCCGUGCCAUGCAGAGCCUGUGUGUAACACAGAGUUCUCUGUGGAUAACCUCAUCCCAGGGAGCGGCUACAGGUUCAGGGUGGCAGCCAUCAACAGAGCUGGGACAGGAGAACCUGUCCAGCUGCCUCAGAGCGUUCAGCUGGAGGCUCCAGUGACAGUGACCCAACAGUUGGCCUGUCCAGACCUGCAGGAGGGUAAGAUGGCCCGUGUGGCUUGUGACCUCUCUGCUGAGGGCAGCUCGGUCACCUGGCUCAAAGACAACAAGGAGCUGGAGUAUGGGGUCAAAUACCAGGUCACCACAGAGGGCAAGACACAAGUGCUGCUGAUCAAAGACUUUGAGUCUGCUGACCAGGGUGUGUACACCUGUGUGGCCUCAGACGAGGCAGAAAGCUCCCUUAAUCUCCACCUACCAAAAGGUGGAGAUGGGGUUCAGUUGGAGGAGGGGGCCCAGCCCAGCCUGCCUCCUGAGGCUGCCUCCGAGGGUGACGUCCAUGCACUGUGGGAGGACCUGGCCAAGAAACGCCGCAUGAGCCGAGAGCCCACCCUUGACUCCAUCUCUGAGCUGCCUGAUGAGGAGGACAAGGAGCCCAAGACACCCAAGGGACCAGUCAAGGAGAAGAAAGCCCCGGAGAAGGAGAAGGUGGGGGUGAAAGCCCUGGAGAAUGAGAAAGUGGAUGUGAAAGCCCCGGAGAAACAAAAGGUGAAAGAAAAGGAAAAGGUUGUAGAGCAUGUCAUCGUCCCUAAGAAGAAGGUGUUGGAGCCAAACUUGUACACCAGCUCUGAGGAUGAAUCCAGGCCUCCAACACUGGUUUCCUACCUAAAGAAGAGCAACAAGUCCUCCCUCUCUGUGUGUGACCAGACAGAUUCCAUCUCCACUGAGAAGUUCUACGCACAGUUCAAGUUGAAAGAGGCGACCACAGUCCAACAGACUUCCGUCCAACAGACCUCAUCUUCAGUACAGCAGAUCACAGCACAGACCACGGACAUCACGGAAGUCGUUGAUGAGGAGGAUGAAGAAAUGGGACUGCUGGAUGCUGCUGUAAAGAUCCAGGCUGCUUUCAAGGGGUACAAAGCCCGCAAGGACAUGCGUCCAGUCUUCAAGGACGUCUUCAAGGACCAGACCAAGGAACCCAAUGGCACCAUCCACCUGGAGUGUGUGGCGGAGGGCAAGCCAGAGAAAGUGCGCUGGCUGAAGGAUGGCGAGCACCUGGCGGACGGCAAGCACCACCACAUUGACAUCUACAACGAUGGCACCUGCUCUCUGGUCAUCACUGCCAUAACCACCAAGGACACGGGUGUCUACACCUGUGAGGUCACCAACAAGUUCGGGGUGACCACCCACAGCGGCAAGGUGACGGUGGGCUCGGCGCGGACAUCUGGAAGGAGACCCCUGACCAUGGGCUACAGUGCCGACAGCGAAGCGGAGAGCUCGUCAGCAGAAAGCGAGAUGGACGAGUCUCUGAGGCAGGCUAGCAAACGUCUUCGCCGCCUCCUCCGCACACGCCUGCCGGCCACGUCAGAGGAGGAGUCGUUCGUCAGCUGUGAUGAUGAGGCUGACCUGCAGGCCCCCGACCCCAAAUCGUACCGCGAGGACGAGCGAUACAUCUACAUCCGCUUUGACAAGCGGUCUGAGGCCCAGGUGGCGUCUCAGCGCUUCAAGGAGAUGUUCACGGCCCAGGGCGUCCCUGUGGAGACCACCAUCCAGGAGGCUGGACCUCUCAAAGUGGAGCUGCGCAUCAUGAAGAUGGGAUACACUCAAGAUGGCUCUGCAACACCCACACAGGAGAAGCAGCUGCCUGUGUUCAUGACAGGAGCCCCCGCGGCCCCAGUCUUCCUGACUGAACUCCAGAGCCAGGACGUGCCAGACGGUUACCCAGUCAGCUUUGACUGCGUGGUGAUUGGGAAGCCUCCACCCAGUGUGCGUUGGUUCAAGGAUGGUAAGCUGCUGGAGGAGAACGACCACUACAUGAUCAACGAGGACCAGGAGGGCUGCCACCAGCUCAUCAUCACCACCGUGCUGCACUCUGACAUGGGCGUCUACCGCUGUAUGGCUGAGAACACCAGCGGCAUCGCUGCCACCAAGGCUGAGCUCAGGGUCGACAUGUCUUGCAGCUCAGACUACGAUACUGCAGCUGAUGCCACUGAGACCGGCUCCUAUAUCAGUGCCAAGGGCUACAUGUCUAGGGAAACGGAAGCCUUUGAGUCUGUGGUAGAGGAUGAGCAGAUGCCACAAGUACUGGAUGAGCUCCAUGAUGUGCACGUCAGCCCAGGUUCACCCAUCGCUAAGAUGCAGCUGAAAGUCAAAGGGUUCCCUAGUCCAAGGGUGUACUGGUUCAAGGACGGCCACCCGCUGCGUUCCUCAGACAGGAUCCUGCUGCUGGACAAGCGAGAUACCCACAGCCUGGAAGUCCUGGAGGUGAAGAGGGAGGACACAGGAGAGUACUCUGCCUACAUCAGCAACGCUGCUGGAACGGCAUACUCCUCUGCUAGGCUGCUGGUUCUAGGUCCAGGAGAGCUUACGCCUGUAGAGAAGCACGAUCCCAAGGUGCCUCUGGUGCCGCCCCGCUUCCUGGAGAGGUUCAGCAACAGGAAGGUGAAACAGGGAGCCAGCGUCACCAUGUCUGUCAGAGUGGAAGGUUCUCCCACACCAAUGGUGACGUGGUUGAAAGAGGAGUCUGCUGAGGACGUGUUGUGGAUCAAGCCAGACACUAAGGGCUACAAGGUGGCCAGCUCAGGGCGCCAACACAGUCUCAUCCUGAUGGAUGUGGGCUCUAAGCAUGCAGGCACAUACACCUGCAUCGCCACCAACAGGGCCGGACAGUCCAUUUGCACUGCCCAAUUUGAAGUGGAGGAUGCACCACGGCCAAAGGAAGAGACCACAAUCCCUCUGGGGAUUACUAUCAGCCCUCCAGACGAAGAUGUUGGUAGAGGAAAAAUGCAGUAUCUAGGUGAAGUUGGAACAGAAGAGUUCCUUAUGAAGCUCACCUCCCAGAUCACGGAAAUGGUAUCUGCCAAGAUCAGCCAAGACAGCACACAGAACCAUCAAGUGCUCCAGUGGAUGAAAUCAUGGCCCAAAGCCUCCACCUCACUACGUGUCCCGGGAGGCGACAGUGACGACGAGACCAAGACACCCUCCGCCUCACCACACCACGGUCGCUCUCGCCCCGGCUCCAUUCUCGCUGAUUCCUCCUCUGAGUCUGACGACCCUGAUGCCAGGGGAGAGAUGUUUGACAUCUAUGUGGCUACGGCUGACUACAACCCCACCAUCCCCAACAAAGAUACAAUUUCCCUGAAGGAGGGCCAGUAUGUUGAGGUUCUGGACUCGGCACAUCCACUCAAAUGGCUGGUCCGGACCAAACCCACAAAAACCACCCCAUCCCGACAAGGCUGGGUCUCACCUGCCUACCUGGAUAAAAAACUCAAGCUGUCUGAUGUUGCUGGUGACAUCCCAGAGGGAGGUGGAGAAGAGGUCUCAGAAGGAGAGUACAAGAAGAGACUACUCCAACUGAUUCAAGACAUGAUCAACAGCGAGGCAGAGUUUGUCAAAGAGAUGGACUUCUUCACCUCCCACCACAUCAAGCAAGUGGAGAGCCCUGACACCCCAUCUGACGUCACCAGCCAGAAGGAGGCCAUAUUCAGGAACAUCAACGAGAUCAAGGCCUUCCACAGCGAGUCCAUGCUCCCUAAGUUGAGCCACUGCGACACUGAUGACGACGUGGCCAUGCGCUUCCUGAGGAGUGGCGAGGGCUUUGAGAAGUACCUCCAGUACCUCGUAGGCCAGCAAACGGCAGAGGCCGCUAUCAGUGACAAGACCGUACACCGCUUCUUCAAGGAAUACACAGACAAAGAACAGGCCAGUGCUGACCCUGCUGAAGGUCCUGUACUGAGCAUCAACGCCUACCUACAGAAACCUCUGGACAGAAUCCAGAAGUACAAGGCCUUGCUCAAGGAGCUGAUCAGGAACAAGGCCAGGAACGGUCAGAACUGCUGCCUGCUGGAGGAGGCCUAUGCCAUGGUUUCAUCACUGCCUCAGCGUUCAGAGAACACACACCACGUCUCCAUGAUAGAGAACUACCCUGCAACUCUGGAUGUAUUGGGGGAGCCCAUCAGACAGGGACCCUUCAUGGUGUGGGAGGGUGCACCUGGGGUAAGGUCCUCCUCCAGAGGUCACCAUCGACAUGCGUUCCUCUUCAAAAACUAUGUGAUCAUCUGCAAAUCCAAGAGAGACACCAACACAGACACCCAGGGCUACGUCUUUAAGAACAUGAUGAAGCUGAACAACAUAGAUGUGAAUGAGACAGUGGAGGGUGAUGACCGGGCAUUUGAGAUCUGGCACGAGCGUGAGGACUCUGUCAGGAAGUACACGCUUCAGGCUCGCACCGUCAUCAUCAAGAACUCCUGGCUGCGAGACUUCAGGGAACUGCAGCAGCGCUACACCAUGCCUGCCUGGAGUAUGCCUGACUUUGAUGAGCUUCUGGCUGACUGCACAGCGGAGCUGAGACAGACGGUGAAACUGGCCUGCAAGGUUACUGGAGUACCCAAACCUGUGGUCACCUGGUACAAGGACGGGCGGGCAGUGGAGGCCGACCCUCACCACAUCAUCAUCGAGGACCCUGACGGUUCCUGCACCCUGAUCCUGGACAACAUGACGGCUGAUGACUCUGGACAGUACAUGUGUUUCGCCACUAGCACAGCAGGCAACGCCAGCACACUGGGAAAGAUCACUGUCCAAGUGCCUCCUCGUUUCGUCAACAAGAUGAGGAAUGCUGUCUUAAUCGUUGGUGAGGAUGCUCAGUUUUCCUGCACCAUCCAAAGCGCCCCCAGCCCCAAGAUCAGAUGGUUCAAGGAGGGCAGGCUGCUGACUGACCAGGAGAAGUAUCAGACCUCCACUGAGUCCCGUAGUGGAGUCCUGGUGCUGGUCAUUAAAGGCCCUACGGAGAGAGACCUGGGACACUACGAGUGUGAGUUGUCUAACCGACUGGGCAGUGCUAAAUGUGCAGUUGAUCUGUGCCUUCCUUCUGCUGUGGCUAGAAGAGGAGAGCAGGCGAUCACCAUCGAAGUCACUGAGCAGGAGACUAAAACACCAAAGAAAACCAUCAUCAUAGAGGAGACCAUAACUACGGUGGUGAAGAACACCCGUAUGAAGCGUCGUGGCAUGUCUCCAUCUGGGUUCAACCUCUCCGAAACCAACACCCCAGAUCUCCCCACCACCCCCACUGGCACGGCCAGGCAGAGGAGGCAGGUUUCUGCCAGCAGGAAGACCACCAUCCCCACCCUGUACGUCACGGAGCCCGAGGGGGGUGCUGGGGCCCGGGCCGCAGAGAACAGGUGGGUGGAGGUAGAGGAAAUCAUUGAGUACAAGGUGAACAAGUCGCCCAGGCUAUCCAGGAGAAGAGGGGUCUCCCCAGCUGGGUCGGAGCGAGCGAACACCCCCUCCUUCACCCGGCCACGGAGGUCCCCGAACCCCAACACCAACAAUUCCAACAACAAGCUGGUAGAGCUGCAGAACUGCUCCGAGCUGGAGGGGGCUCAUCCUAUAGCCUGGGAUGAUGAUGAGGAGGAUGAGAACAUGGCUGGGUCCGAGGUUGCCCCUGGACUCAGUGGAGAGGCCUGCGAGGUCUCCGCUGUUCUAAUCCCUAACGACCAUGAACAUGAUGAGGCCUGGCUAGAGGAGCAGAAAGAGGCCUUUGUCACAGAACCGGAUGAUGAUGAUGAUAACAUGGAACCUCCCAGGAAGCUGGAGCCUAAGACCCUGACCCAGGCCGGUCGCGUUCUCACCCUGGAGGAGUUGGAGGACUAUGUUCCCAGGGAGGGGGGGACCUACAGCUCCUCCAACACCAGGCCCUCCCCUGCCGAGAGACCCUGUGAGGUCUCUGUGCUUCAGAGGGAGAUUGGGGGCUCUGUCGUGGGCCAUCCAGUGCUGCUCAAUGUGGGGAGGCCUGUUGUGGUGCCCAGGGGGAGGCGCAGCCCUGGCUUCUUCAGCCGCUUUAGAGAGUACCUCUCAGGCAGCAUGUUCUCCCUAGCUGCCCCCCACCACCACCACCACCCCAGCGGAGACCAGUCUAGAAGGGAGAGAGAGAUUCCCAUCCAGGUCAGCCACGCCAAGCAAGAGGUCAAGCCUGCAUACUGCUCUGAGGUGCAGAGAGUGGAGGGAGGGCAGCAGAGAUACAAAACCAAAGUCUACACGUCAGUGGGCAAGCCAGUCACUCUUCAGAUUAGCCAGAACCCAUAUCAAAACCAAUAACCUAGUGUGUGAAAAUCAGUUGCUUGAUCAGAACCAAGCUGAUUUUUGUUAAUUUGUGAUACGUACAAUAGCCGUUUUAGUCUUAAAUGGGAACAUUACUACUUAAGUGUUAAAAAGCAUAUUCUAACCUUGCAUUUUCUUGCAAAUGGGAGGAUCAUUCCAUUUUGAAGCAACCCAUCUGAAAGUCAAAUGCAGACACAGGAAGUCAGUUGUUUUGGUCAGACAAAGUCGUUUUAAAAGGACAAAACAUCAAAAGGGGGUUGGAUAUGUUGUUUAGGCUAAAUGAUUUCCAAACGCCAUUGUAUACUAUCCAGGCUUCAAUAUAUUGUUGCCUUGCUUGCCACAUAUUUGAUUAUUUGAUGUACAGAAAAAUAUAGAAUAAUUGCAAGUCUUGCAACAUGGACUGACACCGUUUGAAAGUUUUAAAAAAUCCAUCUGCUUUACCCUCAGGUGACAGCUGUUUUGAAUGUCAACAUCUUGAUGUUAAACUUCUGUUCUGUAGGAGAACAUCAGUACAGUACUAAAUUUCUCUCUGUGUGUUGUCUCUGAACUUUAAUGAACAAGGAAUAUCCACCUUGAUUUGUAGCAUAUCAGUUUGUAAAUAGGCUAACUAACUCCUGUGAAAGGAAAAAAAUGUGUCUCGACAGUAACUUACCAAACCAAUGACUUCAGCAACGAAAUUGCUAGAAGUACAAAAGAAGUCUAAAAGAGCAUUGAUUACAAACGUUGCUGGAUUGUGUGAAACUUUGACGAUGUUCUUUCAAAUGCAGCCACGGUCUGCUUGAGAAUACAAGAAAGCCAGAUUAAAGACUGAUACAUGGAUCAUUGAGUUGUACUUCAGAUUGAGCUGUCCUGUCCUAUGGAGAAGUCUAGAAUUUUCUAAGCAUUUCUAGAUGGGCAGUUACAUGUUGUGCAGUGCUGAUGCUUUUACAUUAACUGUAUAUCACUCACUUGUGGUGUGGACUGUGGAAUGAUAUAGGUCUGAUUGUGUUAUACAGGUCUCGUAUAAAGGGUCUCUGUUUACUUUAGGUCAUAUACAUCCAAAACAUAGACCUAUAUAGGAUAUUUCAUUUUGAACUGGGUCAUUUGUUUUAUAGAAAGGCACUUCAUUAUCAGUUUAUUGAGAGCAUUAAAGAGUAGAUUGACCUCAGAUAAUUAAGUAUUUGUGAUUACUUUAAGGUCAAAUGUAAUUAAUUAUAUUUAGAAAAGUGGCAGCAUGUUAUGUAUUAGCUUUUUGAAAGAUGAUUUGCGUGUUUAUCUGAUUGACAUAAUUUAAUCAUCACAAUCAGUCCCACUAUAACGCCGGCGCGUUUUGACUUCUGGGUAGAACCAUUGGAUUUGUCUUUCUUCUGCAUCCGUAGAUACCAACCAUUCGUCUGUGUAAUUAACGGGGGCUGAGCUAGAGCUGUAUUUGUGAGACAAGAGCGGAUCCCAAUGGGGCCCUGGGCUGAGUCUUUUUACAAAAACCUAUGUAGUCUGAAUGAUUUGAGCUACAAACUAUUCAAAGAUAUUUAUGAAAAGGUGAGACUCUCACGAACACAUGCAUGUAACUAUGACGCUCAACACCUACACAAGAGUCAUUAGAAGGUAAGGGGUUGGUCUACAUAGAAGAUCAUAGGAAAUCCCAGGACAUAAUGUCUAUAAUAAGCUCACAUAGUGGCUCUCACAAAAUCUAAACAGUUGUCAUUUACCAGUGAGCAUACAAUUUCUGUACUUACAGCAUUCAUAUCAAUUCAUUUGAUCAGGAUUUUGCUUUGGCAGAUUAAAAACAUUUUUUUGAAAUUUGUCAAUAAAACUCAUGAAUGCAACUGUUUUAUGUGAAAUAGUUUUGUUCUACUUGUAGCCCUGGUUGUCCUGAAAAGAACACUCCCUUGUGAGGCUAAAUAUCAGGGCUGGACAUGCCCUUAUAAUAAAUUAAAGUCAGAUACAUUAAAAGAUGAUUUUUGCUGGGGUCGCGGGACUGAUAGGGUUAACAUUCAUCUUGUCACAUUCAGUUCAGGUGGGAGUUACAUAGUUAGUAGUGAGCCAUUGUACACUGGAUUUAUUCACUUUGUUGCAAUAUAUUGUUUUAAAAAGUGAAUUACCACUUUCCAAAGUAAGAGUGUUUUGUUUUUGUUAUUUUAAACGUCUUGUAAAAGCAUUGAAUGUUUACCUUUGUAAGAAAUUCAACAUAAAUCACAUAGGUUUUGACUGCCUGCACAUGUUUAGUUAAGAGAAUGAAUAGUUCAUGGAUUUUUGGGAGGGUACUCCCAAGUGUUUAAUACACCAAAACAAUUAAAUUGCAACUGAUGAAC